CGCAGUACGUGAAGUUAAUUCAGUAACAGAGUCGAUAACAAGAAUUUAAAAAGAACAAGCGGAUGCACUCGCGGCGUUUCUCGGAGGAAGUGACUUUUUCGCCGUGUUUCUGACUGGAUUUAGCUACUGGCUCUGUUGGUGGUGGAGAAGAUGUUUCCUGACCGGUACAAACACAGUGUUUACUGUUGUUUCGCCGCUGAUUGAUCUAAUGGAGGAGCAGAAACGAGAGGCUGCAAAUCUGGGGAUCACAGCCAUGCAGGUCACAAUGCUUCGGACAGACAACAAGGGCUCUAGUUACGAGUAAUUUUCUGCACUCAGUUGCAGAAACAGCACCAGGAAAAGCCCAGGCGCCCCGAGGGUCGGCUCCGUGUGGCCUGAGAUGAAAGGUAAAGAACGGUCGCCGAUCAAAAAACGCUCCCGGGCCUUGGACGAUAUUCGAGACAGGGGAGGAUGCCACCCGACCAGUAAGAAAAUGGGGGCUCUCUCGGUUUCCAGUGGGAGUAAUAAUGGAAAUAGCUCGACCAAAAGCGACGGCGGCUCGACGAGACGGAGUCUGCUCGGCGAUAAAAGAGACAGAGAUUUCGACGGGCACGGUCGGACGGGAAAUAACCACAGCUGUCAGUCCGCUGCUGCUAGCUCCGUGGGUAAAAACCACAGCCUGAGCCUGACGCUGGAUUUAGCCUCACCGAGGACCACUUCACGCGGGGAGCAGCGGGUGCAGCCGCCCAGCACCGAGAGUGAGUACAAAACCCUCAAAAUCAGCGACCUCGGCACCCAGCUGAGCGACGAAGACAUUGAGGAUGGACUUUUUCACGAAUUUAAGAAAUUUGGGGAUGUGAGCGUUAAAAUAAGCCGUAGCAACGACGAGCGGAUAGCGUUCGUGAAUUUCAGGAAGCCGGAGGACGCCAGAGCGGCUAAGCACGCGAGGGGACGCUUGGUGCUCUACGACCGGCCCCUAAAAAUCGAGGCGGUGUACAUCAACAGGAGGAGAAGCCGCUCCCCCGUGGAGAGAGACUUGUAUGGAGCAGCGCAAAGCCAUAGACAUUUGCAGAGACCACUCUCGCCCACCGGGCUGGGGUACAGAGACUACCGGCUGCAGCAGCUGGCCCUGGGACGGCUGCCCCCUCCCCCGCCGCCCCCUCUGCCCAGAGAGCUGGAGCGGGACAGGGAGUUUGCCCUGUUUGAAGCCAGGACACGUCCGGCUUUCAUUGCAGAGCGAGCAGCGUUUCGCGAGGAGGAUUUUAUAUCUCCAGAAGAUGACCAAAGAGCUAAUAGGACGUUGUUUUUAGGCAAUCUCGACAUAACUGUUACAGAAGCAGACCUGAGGAGAGCCUUUGACAGGUUUGGGGUUAUAACGGAAGUGGACAUUAAAAGACCCACACGGGGACAAACCAGCACAUAUGGAUUUCUGAAAUUUGAGAAUCUUGACAUGGCCCAUCGUGCUAAGCUUAGUAUGUCUGGCAAAAUAGUAGGCCACAACCCUAUAAAGAUAGGCUAUGGGAAAGCAACACCCACCACGCGCCUGUGGGUGGGUGGACUCGGACCCUGGGUUCCUGUGGCUGCCCUGGCAAGAGAGUUUGAUCGCUUUGGCACUAUAAGGACCAUUGACUACAGAAAGGGGGACACAUGGGCCUACAUUCAGUAUGAAAGUUUGGAUGCUGCACAAGCGGCAUGCACACACAUGAGGGGCUUCCCGCUGGGAGGUCCUGAGAGGAGACUGAGAGUGGACUUUGCUGACACUGAGCAUCGCUACCAGCAGCAGUUUCUUCAGCCUCUCCCAAUACCACCGUUUGACAUGGUGGCUGAGUCAUUUGUCCACCGCGCCACACCUGAACCUCUGAGGGUCAGGGAACGGACUCCACCGCCGCUUCACUUCAGGGAGAGAGAGCUCUUUCCUGGAGCCGAGUGGCCCAACCCAGCUAUUCGAGAUCGGGUACGUGCCUCACCCUUUGAGCCCCUUGAGCACUUGGAACGUGAGCGGCGAGCGCGAGAGCCUUGGUCUUUGGAGCGAGAGCUGCAGGGGCGAGAACCUGCACGCAAGCGGCGUUUAAUAGAGGACGGACGCCAUAUAGACCACUCCCCGGACAGCACUGAGAGGACAGUAAGGCGUCGACGUGCUUCUCCAGAUGGCAGUCCUGGAGGUAGCAGCAGAGACGGAGGGCGCUUCAGUGACUCAGAGCGCCCUCUUAGGGGCGAAAGACCCUCCCCUGUACGAGAACGCCACAGCAGCCUGGAAAGAGGCGGGGCUGAACGGAGACUCAAAAGCCAGAGUCUCUCUGACAAGGGACCGUCAAGCAGCGGCGUUUCCGCAGUUGGAGAGAGAAAGCGAAAAGCAGGCGAUGGUGGUAAGGGGCCGGCCAAGCGGGAACGAUCUGAGAGCAGUUCCAAGGGAGGCCAGCCGUCCAAACCAGACGGUACCAAACUCAGUCUGGCCUGGCAUGGCAUGCUGCUGCUGAAGAACAGCAACUUCCCAGCCAACAUGCACCUACUGGAAGGCGACCACAACGUAGCCAGCGACCUGCUUGUCGAGGGCACAACAGGAAGGCAGGUGAGCGAGCUAAAGAUCACUCAGCGGCUCCGUCUGGACCAGCCCAAGCUUGACGAGGUGUCCCGGCGCAUCAAGGUGGCGGGUCCUGGCGGCUACGCCAUCCUGCUGGCAGUUCCUGGGACCACAGAGGAUUCAUCAUCAUCUGACCCUGCAGCCUCAACUCAGCGGCCGCUUCGCAACCUGGUGUCUUACCUCAACCAAAAACAAGCGGCUGGAGUCAUCAGCCUGCCUGUGGGAGGGAGCAGAGAUAAAGACAACACAGGGGUUCUUCAUGCUUUCCCUCCCUGUGAUUUCUCCCAGCAGUUCCUGGAUUCCUCUGCCAAAGCUCUGGCUAAAAGUGAAGAGGACUAUCUGGUCAUGAUUGUGGUUCGUGGAGCAUCUUAAGAAAAGAUCAGAACACACUAAGUUCAAGUGGUGUUUAAAAAAAAAAAAAAAUCUGCUGUAUGUCAGUAACUAUUGCAUGCUGUGUGUUCUGCAUUAUGGGGUACACUAGUAUGGUUCUUGAGUGUUUGUAUGUUGCCAUGUAAUCCACUAAAAGGACAAACAGUGCCCUCCUACAAAACUAAAAGGAUGUGUGUUUUUGAAGUUAUUUUAAAGGGUGUACAAAUUGCUCAAAAAGUCAGAAACCUGCAAUAAUUCAGUCAGAAUACAGUAAAACCUAAAAAAUGAAGAGCAUUUGAUGAAAACAUUUCAUUUAAGAAUGAGAGAUAAGUCAUUUUAGAAAAGAAAUGGUUGGGUCAUUAACAUGUUUAAAAUCUUGGCUAUCAGACUCUACUAAAAAGAAAAGAACCAGAUCAUUAGAAAUGCAUUGAGAGGACACAAUAACACCUCCGAUACAAUAAAACCAUAAACAAUGACUUUGCAAGCUCUUAUAGUGUUGAAGCCACACCUGUCUGACAUAGUGUUAACAAAAGCUCAUGUUUUUGUCUGGGCUAUUAUGAGUUGCCUUUGAUUGUGUGGGUGUUAUUGUGUCUACCUCCUAUAGAGGCAUUUCCAUGAGGGGGAUCAGAAAACAUCCUUUUUCAAAGCUUUGAAUUUCAGUGCAAUGAUGUCUUCUAUAAUCACUUGACGAAUGGAGACAAAGAUAAGCAUGGGCUUUUUUGCAUUGAGGGGUGUCCGUAAAGGUUUGUUGAGUUAUUUGGUACUGUAGUGACAAAGCUAAUUAGGACAAAGAACCUUGAUAACAUUUUAAGGUCAAAACACGUCACACAACUCUUCUCCAGUGCGCUCAGGUAACCACCCCGAUGACCACAAAGAAGCUAAAAAAAGUUUGGUUAAUGGAGUGUGUUGUCCUGCAGAAAAGGUGUGUGAAAUGUAUCUUACUCUGACACUGGCCUUCUUUUGUGUUCUCUCAAACUUGGAAAACAUUUUGAAUGUCACUAGUUAAGGCAAGAUACAGCUCACACAUUCAAAGCAGCAGUUGGUAAUUUUUUAUAAAAAAUAACUGUCAUAUAUGCUCAAAGUCUCACUAUAUUGACCAAGCACUAAAUGAGACAGAUCAUCUGUGGAAAAAAAAACAUACUUCUCUCCCUGCUCUAUUGCUUGUAACACUUGUGAUAGCCUUACAAUACGUAAACAAAAAAAAACAUUUAAAGCCUCUAGAGUCUCUAGCAGCUGUCAGUCAUGUCAAUCGCUGCUCGUG